CUAGUCCUGGCGGCGUGUGGACUCGGAGGCUUCCGUAGAGAGAGGGAGAAAGAUGGCGGCCGCAGUGCUGAAGCAGUUGGGUGCGUUAUGGAUGCAGAAUCUGAGGAGCCAGGGCAAGCUCGCCUUGGGGUUUCUUUCGUCUCAUAAUGUUUUGCUCCAAUCACAUAUUCACACAAGCGCUUCUCUUGACAUCUCUCGAAAGUGGGAGAAAAAGAAUAAUAUCGUUUAUCCCCCACAGUUGCCCGGAGAACCUCGGAGACCAGCAGAAGUCUACCACUGUCGAAGGCAAAUAAAAUACAGCAAAGACAAGAUGUGGUAUUUGGCGAAAUUGAUACGAGGAAUGUCUAUCGAUCAGGCUUUGGCUCAAUUGGAAUUCAGUGACAAAAAAGGGGCCCAGAUAAUUAAAGAGGUUCUCUUAGAAGCACAAGAUAUGGCAGUGAGAGACCAUAAUGUGGAAUUCAGAUCCAAUUUAUAUAUAGCUGAAUCCACCUCAGGGAGAGGCCAGUGUCUGAAACGCAUCCGCUACCAUGGCAGAGGUCGUUGUGGGAUCAUGGAGAAGGUUUAUUGCCAUUAUUUUGUGAAGCUGGUGGAAGGACCCCCACCUCCACCUGAGGCACCAAAGACAGCAGUUGCUCUCGCCAAAGAAUAUAUUCAGGAGCUUCGCAACCGGACCAUCAUUCACGCGCUGUGAUGAAGGAAUUCUGAUUCCAAAGUGUAUUUAUUUUUGCUGUUCGUUUCCUAAAAGCAAAAAGAUUAAAGGCAAAUCCUUUUUUGUGAUGUGUCAUUUAUUUAUUGGAACCACCACUCCAAGUGGCUGAUGAGCCAGUUUCAACUCAUUGUGACCCCAUGUCUUUCAGAGCAGAACUGCCCUCCUUGGGGUUUCCAUCACUGUGACCUAUUGAAAGCAGAUCACCAGGACUUUCUUCUGAGCACCUCUGGGUGGGUUUGAACUGCCAACCUUUUGGUUAGUAGUCCAGCUCUUUUCAAGCUUGUCCUUAUUUCACUUGAUUCUUUCUGGGGGCAAGGGUAGAGUGUGGAGGUGAGCGUAGCAGCACAUGGUUUCAUUGCAGUGUAGGAGGGCAUUCUGUGGUUCUGUUCUUCCUUCCCUGUGGGCACAGGUCAGUGAGUGAGGAAUUGUGUUAUCUUUUACUGCUUUAGCAGUAACUUGAAAUUAUAGGAGUUUAUUACAUUUUAUUACAUAUAUUAAUCUCAAACUCCACAAACCCUUUCACUUUGAAAGUUUUCUUCUAGUUAAGUAGCGAUUGUUUUCAUUUCUCCUUCCUACAUGCUUUCUCUUGCUCAGAUAUCUUAUUUAGAAUUGAUUCAUUUUUCAGGGUGAAAUCAAUUACCAGUUAUCGAGAGAAGACUUAAACUAGUCUCAGCAUUGCAUUAUAAAAUAAGGCAGUAGGUGGCGCUCAUCUACCUCUUGUUAGCAGAAAAUUGUUAGCAUCAUAUUAGGAUGUUCAAUACUACCUGGCUGUCACUGAUACACGUUUCCAUUGGCAAGAAGCAUUCCUUCUCCACAGUCCCUAGCACAAUGGUUCUAAAUUUUUGUAUUCAUAAGAGAAACCUGGGGUGCUUGGCUGUUAAGAAUACAUCUGAGACCCACUGCAGAGAUUCUGAUUCACUAGAUCUUGGCAAGGGCUAUGGGAAGAAUUCCAGAAAUCUGCAUUUUAAGCAGGAACUUCUAGGUGAUUCUGUUAUAGGUGGCCAUACUUUGAGAACACUCCUCUAGUACAAUGAAGAACGUGGCUUUAGUGUCAUGUUUUAAGAUGGCAUUAAAAGUAGCGACUAUUUACCGGGAUCUCGUUAUUUGCCAAGCUCUCUGUUAGUAUUUUACAUAGCUCUUCACAACAUCCUGCAAAGUGGGUAUUGUUUUGCCACUUUACAAGGAAGAAAUCAAAGCACACAGAUUCAAGUAACUCAGGUUCUCACUGUGUGUAAAUAUUGGAGCUAUGAUUUAAACUGGGUUUCUGAAGCACUUGGUUCUGCAUAACUAAUGACUGUACAGAUGGGUUCCAUGCCUCUCUAGUUAACCUAACAAGUAGGUAAAAAGGCAGUAGGGCUCAGUGGCAUGGGCCAAGGUUUAGGACAGUUUCAUUUUGGGUCCUAAGCUGUUGUAGCAUAGAGUAAUGAAAAUAACACUGGAGUGGUAAAACGUAGCCUCUCUUCUACUCCCUGUGUGCUCGUUAACCAGCAAGAAGACUGGGGACUCAGGUCUCCUUUCCCCCUUGGCCUCCAUUUCAUUCAUCUGUGAAGUAAGAGGCUUAAUGCUCUCUGUAGACCACCUUCUUCAGAAUUACCUAAAAAAGUUAUUAAAAAUGCAGAUUCCCGGGCCCAGUUCAGUGGUGUCACUAGAGUUGGUGCCACCCAGUGCGGUAAUUCAUGGUGUCACGACCCCCACCACGGAUCUUCUGUACCAGAUCAUACAGAAUCCUUAGUAAUGUUUAUUAUCAAUUUUAAAUAUAGAGUAAUAUGUGGUAGAGUUGUAAAUUACUUAAAUAUAA